CGAGGGACCGGGGAAAGGCGUCCGCGGGCAAUCUCGCGAGGGUUGGAGUUUUGGCGAGAGUUUGUGGAAGAUGGCGCCUGUUGUGACAGGGAAAUUUGGUGAGCGGCCUCCACCUAAGCGACUCACUAGGGAAGCCAUGCGAAAUUAUCUAAAGGAACGAGGGGAUCAGACCGUGCUCAUUCUUCACGCCAAAGUUGCACAGAAGUCAUACGGAAAUGAAAAAAGGUUUUUUUGCCCUCCUCCUUGUGUAUAUCUUAUGGGCAGUGGUUGGAAGAAAAAAAAAGAACAAAUGGAACGAGACGGCUGUUCUGAACAAGAGUCUCAACCGUGUGCAUUUAUUGGAAUAGGAAAUAGUGACCAAGAAAUGCAGCAGCUGAACUUGGAAGGGAAGAACUAUUGCACAGCCAAAACAUUGUACAUAUCUGAUUCAGACAAGAGAAAACACUUCAUGUUGUCUGUAAAGAUGUUCUAUGGCAACAGUGAUGACAUUGGUGUGUUCCUCAGCAAGCGGAUAAAAGUCAUCUCCAAACCUUCCAAAAAGAAGCAGUCGUUGAAAAAUGCUGACUUAUGCAUUGCCUCAGGAACAAAAGUGGCUUUGUUUAAUCGACUUCGAUCCCAGACUGUUAGUACCAGAUACCUGCAUGUAGAAGGAGGCAAUUUUCACGCUAGUUCACAGCAGUGGGGAGCAUUUUACAUUCAUCUCUUGGAUGACGAUGAGUCAGAAGGAGAAGAAUUCACAGUCCGAGAUGGCUACAUCCACUAUGGGCAGACAGUAAAACUUGUCUGCUCCGUAACUGGCAUGGCCCUCCCAAGAUUGAUAAUUAGGAAAGUUGAUAAGCAGACCGCAUUACUGGACGCAGAUGACCCGGUGUCACAGCUCCACAAGUGUGCAUUUUACCUGAAGGAUACGGAAAGAAUGUACUUGUGCCUUUCUCAAGAAAGAAUAAUCCAAUUUCAGGCCACUCCAUGUCCAAAAGAACCGAACAAAGAGAUGAUCAAUGACGGAGCCUCCUGGACAAUCAUCAGCACAGAUAAAGCAGAGUAUACGUUUUACGAGGGCAUGGGUCCCGUCCUUGCCCCCGUCACCCCUGUGCCUGUUGUAGAAAGCCUUCAGUUGAAUGGUGGCGGGGAUGUUGCAAUGCUUGAACUUACAGGACAGAAUUUCACUCCAAAUUUACGAGUGUGGUUUGGGGAUGUAGAGGCUGAAACGAUGUACAGAUGUGGAGAGAGUAUGCUGUGUGUGGUCCCAGACAUUUCCGCAUUCCGAGAAGGUUGGAGAUGGGUCCGGCAGCCAGUCCAGGUUCCAGUAACUUUGGUCCGUAAUGAUGGAAUCAUUUAUUCCACCAGCCUUACCUUUACCUACACCCCAGAACCGGGGCCACGGCCACACUGCAGCGCAGCAGGGGCAAUCCUCCGGGCCAACUCAAGCCAAGUGCCCCCCAAUGAAACCAACACAAACAGCGAGGGAGGUUACACAAACGCCAGCACAAAUUCACCCAGUGUCACAUCGUCUACAGCAGCGGUGGUGUCCUAACUACCGUACUUUUGCUAGGACUUAAACUGACUGGAAUGCAGCAGAAAGUUGACAAAAUAAGGCACGAGAAACAAGAACAAUCUCGUGUGGUUUCUUGGGAAAAUGUCUUACCAGAUGAUGCUACUCACAAACCCACACCUGCAGGAGCCAAUCUGAAAUCAGAAGCCACAGUGAAACAGAAAAACAUCAAGUGUAUAAAUUGAAAUUUUCAGCUGUUUUUUUGUUGGUUGGUUGGUUUUUGUGGUUUUGUUUAAAUGAUCAAGAACUAAAUACGUGGCUGGAAUAAAAGUUAAGCAAACUAGAAGACACAAAUCUAACAUAGUUUUUAUGGACCAAGGAACUUGUAUAAGCUUUAGUAAAAGGUACAUUUUCACCAUACCUUUUUUUUUUUUUUUUUUAAUAUAUCACAGUAUAUAGUACACCUUGUUACCAAAUAGGUUGUUCUCCCCACCCCUUUGAGCUUUUGCUCUCAAGUACUUUGAGGUUCCAAGCCUGCCGUGCUUGUUUAAUCAACACCAUACACUUCCAGGCUCUUUUGGUCCAAGGCUGGAACUUUUUUUUUUUUUUAAGCUGAAGUCUUAUGACUUUUCAUAAGUUGAAAUUGUUUUGAUUUCAGCAAGUCAAAUCUUGUAAAGGCCUGCAUUUUUUUAAGAUUAUAUGAAGUCUGCAAAAGCUUUAAAGAACAUGCCUCUGCCUUGCCUGCAAUCCAUGCCAUGUAUGUUAACUUAGUCUGUUCUCAGAUACUGUUGACAGUAAUUUCCAUGUUUUCCUUUUUUAAAAAAUUAUUUAUAGUAAUCCAAGAGGUUCUAACAUUUACAUGGAGUUCAGUAUGGCCAUUUAGUCACAGAUGAGGUAAUGAUGUGGAAGAUGGUGGUAUCUUUUCCUGUACAUCAGCACAUCUGUUCCAGGGUUUGUCCAGGUCUCCCUCCUCUCCCUUGAAUCUUGUACAUAUCUUGUAUUAUGUGUAAGUUAAACAUUUUAUUUUGAACUUGGAAUGUUCCCAGUAAGUUCAUUCAGCAGGGUGUUUUCUACCUUGUUGGCAAAUGACAAAAAAAAAAAAAAAAAAAAAAAAAAAUUUAUAUAUAUCAUGAGAAUUACUUGCUACCAAGUGGUAGAUGGCGCCCUUAUGGUAGAAUGAGGGAAGUCUCAGCAAAUGAUUUACUAGUGCGCUCUUUUCCGUUUUGUUUAGCCUAGCCCAGAACAUCAUUAUAAUUUUAAACAUAAGUUGGCUUUAUUAGAUGAUCAACUAAAUAAACUAAACAUUAGCUCUGACAGUCCCUUAGAAACAGAUAGCCUAAACUUACAAAAACGCAAAUGUAAUGUUCGUGUCCAUUUCCCCUUUGCCUUAGUUGUUUUCCUCCAGUACUGAAGGUCUGCACAAAUGUUCUCACGCUCACAAAACCUUCCCUUCCUGUUAGCUACAUUCAGGGUUGCAUGCUAAUCUUGCCAGUUUUACAUUGCUUCCAUUCCUGCACUCUGGUUAUGUCUUUGUUCAGUUUCUUAGGAAUUGGAGCAGACUCACUGGGCUACACUUAGUACAGGAACCAUGUGCUAUGUCAAAGGACACAGUCUAGUAUUGCAGUCCUCCUCCUUAGAGUAAAAACUACCUCUAAAUUGUGGUAAGCUUUUACUGUCCCAUAAAACAGGAGCCACAAGUACCUUAUGAAUGCAAACUGUAACUUCCUAUGGUGUUUUCAGUGUCUGGUUUCCUGGGCUGUUUUUGAAAGUUUCCAUUAAUAGACUUCUAAAGGCAUCUUGUUAGGAGCAUUGUAUUUUCUGGCUUCACUCUCAUCACUCACUGUUUUGCUUACACUGUGCCUCUGUAAACAUCUUUAAAUUGCCUUUUCCUCAGUUUUCAAGGGCAAAGUCACUUGUAACUUGUCACUUGUGUCGUGGUUAAAUCAAAGUUAAUGUAUGUGGUUUUCUCAUACUGCAAACUUUUUAAACUCAACUCCAGGCUGUAUUCUGCUACAUGUAACAGCCUUUUCUCUUCUGCUCCAGUCAGUCACGUCUCCUGCCUCACCUUCAGUCUGUUUCCGUGAUCACGAGCAGAACUCAUUGUGGCCUUAUCUCUUUGUUAUAACCGUUCACUGGCUUUACUUGCAGACGUGCUUGUUCUGAGUCGUAUUUAUUCGCUGUUGAGUCAGGGCAGUAGUUCCUACAGAGUGUUUCUGUUCACAGAAUGGAAGUUUCCACUGCUGUUUUACUUUCCUGGGCCACAUGUUUCUAGAUUUGGUAUGUAGUUAAAGAAUCAUAUCAAAUUAAUCAAUAAUAAAUGAACAAAUUAUUCCUUACCCAACUCUGUAGCUCAGAAUAAUUUUUCAAGUUCAUGGUGUUAUGAAAUGAACUUUUGCUUUUUUUUAAAAAAAGUGUUUGUACCUUAUUUCAGUUCUUUUGUUUAUUUUAAUGAGAAAAUUGAAAUAACUAGACUGUAAAUCGUUUCCUGUUUUCUUUUUUGGCAAAGCCCAAGAAUGUACUUACACAGGCAUUUUCCCACCUGUUUGAUGCCAUUCUCCUACCAUGGACUAGAAUGAGAUGAAACGUCUGUUUUAGUGUAUUGUUGAUUGGAAUUUCUUUUUGUCAGCUGCUUUUUUAUAUAUAUAAAGAGACUUUCAUGGAUUUGUGAUCAUUUUAAGUAUAUGACUUACAGGAGCCUUACCCCUCAGUUACAGCAGAACAUGUCCCUCCCAAUGCCAUUGGAGAUGCUGGUCAUUCACCUCAUAAAGACUUAGAAUGGUGAAGUCUUCAGUUAAAAUGUAGUAUGUGGGUUUUGCUGUUAAAAAAUUCUGUUUUAGAAGUGUGUGGUAUGCUCUCAUAAUUCUAUGCAACUUCUCAAAAUAUGUGUAGAUGCUGAACCUGUGAGCAGGAUGUCUUUAUCAGUGUCAUUGAACUUACCGUGUAGAUUGGGAAAGCAAGCUGAAGGCUUCAAAUAUGGAAUGCCCUUUGCAUUGUCAGUGAUUUCAGAGUCAAACACUAGUAUAAUAGUUAAACUGCUGCUGCUGUUUCUUAAACCAUGGCAACUAAAGGCAUCCUCAUAUAGAAAGAAGCAGUGAGGUAUUUGUCACUCACUGCACAGGCUCACUUGCUGUCAUCUCAAUGGGUUCAGAUUCUGCUUAGUCUCUACAGUGCUGGUGAGUCAAAUCCAGGACCUCAAACAAGUAUGUUUGCUGGGUGGAUUUGUUUUGUUUUUGGGGCAAAGGCCUCAGUCUGUAUCCCUGAAUUCACAAUUGCAGUCUUUCUAAGCCUCCCAAGUGCUAGGGUUAAAGAUGUGUGUCAUGCACCCAGCACUACUUUUGUUUUUGAUGAAAUUUGGACAUCUGUGUGCUCACAGAAAAUUUCCAACAUCAUUUUAAAGAACUAACGAGUCAUGUUAACCAGAAAGUCCAGUGUAUGUGUGGGAGGGUCCUUUUUGAAAUGAUGCUACUCAGUUAUUAACCAAGUGAACUGACCUUAUUUCCAGCAGCAGCUGUGUUUCUGAUGAGUACUGAACAAAUGUGUCAUUUUCUGUGCCAGAUUUAGACUUUGUUUUCAGACACUGUAAUUUGGGAUGGAUGGUUAGAAACAGUAAUAUAUUAAGGUUUCUAUUUAACCCUUUCAGGACUGAACUGUAUCUUCAAUUAAUUUUUUUCCCUGUGUUGUGAUAAAUGUUUGCCAGCAUUCAGUACUGUGUGGGUCCAGAUGUAGGUUUAUAUAAAAGCUCAUUUUUAGCUUAUUUCUUGUACCUUGCAGCAUGCUCUACACAUUCAGUCCUUAAUGGGUUUAUUUUACAAACUGUGCGCCUGUAAGGUUUAUUAGCAAUAAGAUAGAAAAUUGAGCAAGUUUAUAUCAUAAUUUUGUAGAAAAAUCUGCUCAAUUCCAUAUUUCAUCCCUGAAAAAUCUGCACUAUGGGCAGUUUCAAGGAAUAAUAAAAGGAAAUGUAAACCAUG